CACCUCAAGGGGUUCGCAGCAGCAACACAACGAAUCAUCUUGUCACAAAGGUUUCUUCUACAAAAGUACCAUACGAUUACCAACCAACCCACACAUCAACAUGGCAUCGCCAACACCCAGCACAUCACCCAACUCACCCACCCCGAAUCCCAAACACAAAUCCUCCACCUUCCACAUCCUCCUCGCCAUCCUCACCGUCCUCUUCAUAAUCAGCACCAUCUUCCUCAUCACCUUCCUCGCCACCGACCUCCUCUACAUCCCCUACCUCAGCGAAUUCUCCAAACUCCUCGUCCUCUUCCUCUCACCCCUCGUCCCCCUCUUCUUCCCCUUCUUCCUCGGCGUCUUUCUGAAAGUCUGCCAGCACAAGACCUGGCCCCGCAAGAAAGUCUGGGUUUUUGUGACGGGCUCGUGGGUCUUUCAGCAUUUGCAGCGCGCGGUCACGGAUGCGAUUGCGUUGUAUCAUGGGGGCGAGGUGUGUGGGUUGAGGGAGUGUAAGGGGAAGUGGGUGGAGUGGGUGUUGGUGGGUGCGGUGGUGAUGUGUCAGGUUGGGGGGUGGAGGUGGGAUUUGGGGGGUGUGGAUUGGUGGAUUGAUGGGUUGGUUAAGCAGGAGGCUUGGGCGGAGGCGCAGAAGAGGGCGGUUAGUGGGGAGGUGCUGGAGGGAUUGGAUUUGGAGAAGGCGGAUAAAUUUGAGGGUUUGGUGUAUAUGGAUGCAGAUGAGGAGAAGAGAGAGUUGAAGGCUAGGGAUGAGAUGGUGGUUGAGGAGACUAAGGAGGUUCUGGUGAUGGUUGAUGAACAGAGAGCAUGA